AGAGACAGAGAGAGAGACAGAGAGACAGAGAGAGAGAGACAGAGAGAGAGACAGAGAGAGAGGAAAACAGCAGAUUAGGGUCACUGGGGUUUUCCCACUGUGUAGGAUUAGAAAAGACAUGAGAAGUAGGUAACGCAGAUUGAGAAGGGGAAACAUAUCCGUAGUGACACACAGCACACAGUUCAGAGAGAGAGAGAGAGAGAGAGAGAGAGAGAGAGAGAGAGAGAGAGAGAGAGAGAGAGAGAGAGAGAGAGAGAUGCUCUUUGAGCUGAGAUGCAUUAACAAGCUGUCAUUUCAAAGGUUAGGAGCCGUUCUAGAGGAAGACUGUCGUCGUUGUCGUCUUAAGUUUAGAUAUUUCACACACAGGUGGAGGACUGUUAUUGGAUGAGCAACAAAUGGAUAAUUUAACUUGCCCAAAUCUGGAUAAAUACAGCAAGAAAGAUGGGACAUGCUGUGAUCGCUGUGCUGCAGGACAAUACAUGCAAACUGAGUGUGACGGCACAAAGACGACCAAGUGUGCCGAAUGUGGACGUGGGUUCUACACAGCCGCGAAGAAUCACUUGAGUAGAUGUCCAAAAUGCAAAGACUGCAGCUUUAAUAACAACCAGAGGAAAGUCAAGGACUGCACAGCUCAGAAGGACACAGUGUGCGAGUGUGUGGCUGGUUUCUACUGCAGAAAUGAUCAAUGUGAGCACUGCCAGCAAGUCACCCACUGCCCUCUGGGUAAAGGGGUCAACGUUCAAGCCACUCGCACGACCGACACAAUCUGUGCUCCGUGUGAAGACGGGACCUACAGCAACGUAACAGAUUUCCAGUCACCGUGUCGAACACACACCAGAUGUGGCGACUUCGGAAAGGUGUUGAAAACUCCAGGAACGGAAACAACUGAUGCCAUCUGUGGCACCUCCAAAUUUCACUGUGCCUGGAUAUUACCUGCAGGCCUGUGGUCAGGGCUCGUGUUGACUGCGCUCGUCCUGUUUGGUAUUAUGUACUGGAGGGCCAAACGAAAGUCAUACAAAGCAGUGAAAAAGGAAACUACAAAGUUUUUAAAACUGCCUUUCAAGUCUACAGAAGCCGGCUCCAGUGUGUCCAUCACUAUGGCUCCAGCACUGUUCACUCAGCUGGAGCUGCCUUUACCGCUCACAGAGCUCAACGGUCACUGCCAAGAGAGCUGCGAGUUACCACUUUAUAACCCAGAUGAUAAUGUGGUCAGUUGCGGCACACAGGACAGUGUGGACAGCAGCCUUACUAUAACUCCACUAAAGGCUUCUGUUUCAUUCGCCGAAUCCACCCACACCAAUGGAAGUGCCGGAUUCUGCACCGGCAAGUUCCUCAGGACCUGCUCAGAGCCCCAGGAGGACGAGUGGUGUGGGACCUGAGCAAGUAAAUGUGGUUAUAACAGAAUGAGAGCUGCAACUAGUUUUCAAACUCCAAACUGGAGCUAUUUAUACCAAAAGAACGAAAGAGUAGCGUUGAGGAUUUGCUGCCCCCUGCAGGAGGAUUGCAGCUCCAGUGAUGUAAUAUUUAUGUGACGCAUGUACAUUGAAGCCAACAGAGUAUUUUUUUAAACACUGCUGCAGCUUUGUACUUGAGUCGGUCGUUGAUGUGAUUUAGUAAAGGCAGCAGGUUCAGUGGUGUCUCUGUUAAAGUUUAAAGUCUGGGAAUAUUUUUCUUACUCAAGUCAAAUCCCAUGAAAAGGCCAAAACCAACAAUGACUGUAUCCUUCCAACAAGUAUGGCUGUGCAGUGAAAACAGCUCGUUCCUCCGGGUCUGGAGCUCCAUUAAUGUCCCAAAACACAUCCGUGUGUUGAACUGGACAACAUGGAGCUUCACCAUCAUGGUAAACAUGGGUACUGUAGUUUAUUCUGUUGCUGUAAAUAUAUUAUAUUAAUCCGCAGCAGAAAAUAGACCCCAACAACAUUUACUCCUGUUUGACUAACUUGUUAAAAUCUACAGGGUCCAGCUGUUUCAGAAGAUUACUGAGGCUUUAUUUUUAUAAAUGUUGGUUUUUAAAACUUAAGAACAAAUGUGCCGAGAGCCACAGGGAGCAGAGGAGUAAGACACUGAGUGACGGACUUACCCGUCGUUGCUCUUUUUGUUAACUUCAAUAAGAAAAAUAUAAAAGAGUUCCCGGCUUAAUCUUUAAUGCAAACAAUGACUUGUUCUAAUUUGAAAGGAUAAUCUUAUUUUAAAGUACAUUGUAAUGCACCCCUAUUUAUAAAAACUGUAUGAAACGUUAAGAUGUGCAGCAGCAGUACUACGCACACACACACACACACGCACACACACACAGAAUGCAGCAGUGACGCCCGACAGAUGUAUGAUUUGUUUAUAACAUUGUGAAGAUAUAGUGCAAUAUGAGGAAGUAUGUGGGGAACGUUUACAAGUCCUUCUGCUCCGCUGCUGUCUUCUCAGUGAGUUCUACCAGACGGAGACAAUUUGGACAUACAAAUCAGUGUUUUCACAGAUAUUGAGUCUUAUUGUGAUAUUUCAAACAUGAUGUUGAUUAUAAUAAAAAGAAACUACAAAGAGGA